UAUGUCUCCGCGACUUGUCAGAUUUGUUUAGAUUUGUCGGUGCUUUGUUAAACGUUUCGCACUAUUUCUUUUUUAUUUCGAAUAAUGUCAAAUCCUGAGGUCAAAAUCCAAGAGGCGUUUCAUAUUCUAUCGCAAGAGGCAAAAGAGUUGUACUUACAAAGCGAAGUUGCAGAAAUAAAUCACUCAAUUACGCCACUCGCCUUCUACCGAGAGUAUGUCUCGAAAAAUGUACCAUUAGUAAUAAGAGGUGCAAUAAAACAUUGGCCUGCUAUAGACAAAUGGUCUAUACCAUAUUUUCGCAAAGUGCUUGCUGACGAAAAGAUUUCAGUCGCUGUAACGCCAAAUGGCUAUGCAGAUGCAGUAAUUAAAGGAGAUGACGGUACCAAGGAAUUUUUUGUAAUGCCCGAAGAACGUUUACUCACAAUAUCAGCAUUUCUUGACACAUUAGAAAACACGAUAGAAAACAGUGUAUUUUAUAUACAGAAACAAAAUUCGAAUUUUAUACACAGCUUUUGUAAGUUGUGGCCGGACGCAGAAAUUGAAAUAUUGUGGGCCAGCGAAGCAUUUGGAAAGCAUCCUGAUGCUGUAAACUUUUGGAUGGGAGAUGAAAGAGCUGUAACUUCUAUGCAUAAAGAUCCUUACGAAAAUAUACAUUGUGUUGUGUCUGGUAAAAAAAACUUUAUUUUACAUCCUCCCACGGAUUUACCAUGGAUUCCAUAUCAAAAUUAUCCGUCUGCUGUUUACAAGGAACACAAACCCGGAAAAUGGAUUAUUGAGUCAAUUAAUGAAACGCUUGAUUCAGGAAGAAUCACAAAUUUAACAUCAACGCCAUGGAUAUGUAUAGAUCCUUUAAAUCCGAACUACGAAAAAUAUCCAGAAUAUCGUAACACACAUAACUUGAAAGUGACACUCAGAGCUGGAGAUAUAUUGUACUUGCCAUCCUUAUGGUUCCAUCAUGUGACACAGUCACAUGCUUGCAUAUCCAUCAAUUAUUGGUACGAUAUGGAAUUCGAUAUUAAGUAUGCUUACUUCAAAGCACUGGAGACAUUAUGCAAAUAAACGAAAGUUACAAUCUUACUGUCGUGCUUUACGAAACUGUCAAAAAACUACAAGAAAAUUUAAGUCAAGCUGUUUCGUCGUUUUCC